AUGCUGUAUCACCCUCUAAACGUGGCCGCUUUCGCGUCAGUAGCAUUUGCUGCUCCUGCUCCUCAGGUUGCUGGUGGAGGCACUGAUGCAUCAGAGACUUCUUUCGGUCCUGACUCACAGGUACCCUACUCCAACCCUACCCCGGCUGCUUCACCAUACCCACUGGCAGUCGACCAAGGAAAUGGCUACAACUCAGCCUCAUAUCAUGGACCAUACUCAGGCACACCAACCACCACGGGUGCCGUCAAUGGCCCAUCGACCGUAGCAGCCUCCAUUCCUGCCGGCCCCCCGAAUCCAACAGCAACCUACUACAAUGCGGAUGGUGUUCCACAAAACGCAUUUCCUGCGCCAUAUACACCCAAGGGUGGUCUUGGUACCAAUGGCUCGUUGCCACGGUACAUGGUUAACAGCGACUUCGACUUCGAGUCCAUUGCGCUCGGCCUCUAUCAGGAAUGGAUCGAAUUAGAUCUCUUCCACGAUGGUCUUGCCCGCUUCACCGACGAGCAAUUCACCGCUGCUGGUCUCGGGGCCGAAGCUCGUAGUUUCAUCGAAUUCAUGGCAGACCAGGAAACCGGCCACUCCACACUCUUGACGAACAUGCUUGGCCAAGCCGCACCCAAGCAAUGCGUCUACGACUACCCCUACACCACCGUCCGCGAAUGGCUUGACUUCAUGCAACGCGUCACCCGCUUCGGCGAGUCCGGCGUCUGGGGCUUCAUAAACCACCUCGACUCCCGCGAAGUGGGCCAACUCCUCGCCCAAUCCAUCGCUACCGAAGCGCGCCAACAGAUGAUCUUCCGCCAAAUGUCCGGCCUCACACCCAUGAACGUCUGGUUCGAGAACGGCUGGCCGCAGUCCUGGGCCUGGACCAUGCUCGCGCCCUACAUCAGCUACUGCCCAGAGAACACGACGCGUCUUGCGUGGCAGAAUUUCCCCGUCCUGCAUAUUCUCAACAACGCAAACAUCAACCGCUACUCCCCUAACGACACCGCGCCCGACGGUUCUGAGACUGUUGGCCCCCGUAUCGUCGACCCCAGCGCUUCCAACCUCACGUCCGGCAGUUGCCAGAACCUCAACGUCACGGGCUACGGCUGCGGCCCCGCCGUCGCGCACAACAAAAGCGAGCCCCUCUCUUUCCCGGGCAAGCAGGUGUAUCUGCAGUGGGAAGCGCCCGGGCAGGCUGUCGGACCUAAUAACUCUUAUGUUACGUCCACUAGCGCAGGGACGCCGGCGUUUGUGGCCUGGUCGCAGCAGCUCAAUCUGACGUACUCGCCGCUGACCGUGACCGGGAAUAAUAGCGGGUAUACGUUCCAGCCCGAGGGGUUCGUGUAUGGCAGUGAUGGCAUCAUUAAUGGGACGAUGGCUGUGCUGCUCACGGAUUUGGAUCUUUAUGUGACGCCGUUUAAUGCGAGUAUGAUCAACCCGCAUGUUGUUGCGCUGGGGAUGUACCAGGCUGGAUAG